GCUUGAUUUUUAAAAAGAGAAAGAGAAUUGAUAUGAGCCAUAUCGUAGGUGCAAUACGUAAACAAGUUAUUCCUUAUAAUUAAUUUUACGAAUACGAAUGCUAUUUAAGAUUCUUUUUAAUUAUCUGUAAAUGAUCAACAAACUAUAUGUAUUAUAUUUGUCUAUAAUUGUCAAUAAUUAAAAUGACACAUGUGACUUGGACUUUGAUGCGUGCAGACCUCCUCCGCUCUCCGGUGAGAGAGCCGGCACGAUUUCGUCGGAACCAACUGGUCCAACCACGAAAGAGACGAAACCUGGAAUCCCACGUAUCGUCGCUACACACGCACGCGACGCCUCGCAGGCGUUCUGCGUUCAAAUACGAACGAUUUAUUCAUGCGCCGCGACGUGAUGUGUUGUACACGUUGGCGUUAGAAAGAUCUUGAUUAGUGCUGAGUUAAAACCUUGAUCAGAUUUGAUCACAACAUCACUUAACUAUAUUAAUAUAUUGAAGGAAAUACUACAGGAAGAUAUCUGUGAUAAAUUUCAAACAAAAGUUUUCUAGAUUCAAAAUGCAGAAGCUUCAAAACUUACAAGAUCAUGCAAUAAUACAUAAAUUAUAAAGACAAAAAGUAAACUCCAGCUUGGGUAUUGAAAUUCUGAAAAAGAAUAGUUUUGUUCAGUUUACAAAGUGUUGGCAUAAAUGCAAUAAUUGUCUCAAGGAAUUUACUGACAAUAUAAAAGUUUAUUUACUGGUUAAUGUGAUACCAGUAAUGUCUAAUUCUAAUUGCGGAAGCAAAUACACUUCUAUUUUUGCAUGAAUGAUCAUAAUUGAUUAAAAGUCAAUAUUGGAACAAUUGAUACUUUUAUAUCUACAAACUUAAAAUUUAGAUACUAUUGAUCUAAAUUUUGUAAAUUAUAUUUACUGGAGUAAAUCAAGAUUUUUGGCUGAUAUUUCAAACACAAUCAUAAUGUUGGUACUAAUCUGCUUGUAUGUGUGCUCUUGUUUAUUCCAAUUUACAAGCAGCUCAAUGCUAGCAGCACCUCCUCUGACGGCUUUAAUAAUUGCAUUUGAAAAUGUAUACGAUUUAUCAUUACUGGCCAAUACCUUAUCAGAUCAGGGAAUUGAUGCGUCAUUGAUAGUACCAAGCUAUGCUGCUAAUGACAUUUAUAACAACUUAAUUGACGUUGAAGUAUUGCAAUUAAAUGUUAAUACUGAUAAAUCAGUUGAUAAGCUCAACAUACGUGCAAUGGAAGCAUGUGAUAGCCUCUUUAGAGACGAAGAGAUAUUGAAAAAAAUACGGGAACUUCAACCUACAUUUACCAUAUUUCCAAUAUUAAGACACGAUGGCUGCUUACUUCCAUUUGCGAAAUACAUUGAAUCCAUCCCUGUAAUUUGGAUAGGGAAUCCGGAUGAAGAACUAUAUGCAUUUGAAUGUACCGGAGUUGCUCUGCCUGUGCAUAAUGGUGGAUUUUGGUCAAGAUUUUCAACAAGUUUUUCAGGGAAAUCCACAUAUUCUAUUGCUAAAAAUAAUUAUGUAACUCCGACUUUGCGAUUAGCAGCUAAAUAUUUACUGAAUGUUAAUGUUGACUUGGAGCAUCUUUAUUCGGAUAUCCGUUUAGUGCUUUGGGGAGCUGAUACAGUAUUACGUUCCAAUUUUGCAUCUUUGACACAAUUACUUGUGGAGAUUGGCUGUCAUCACUGCAGAGGCGCACAUCCGUUAUCGGGAGAUUUGCAUAAGCCAUUGAUCGAACAUAGAUUGGGUACUAUUGUUGCUCUUUUAGACGAAAAUUAUGAGACGUUGAUACGAGAAUUGGCAAAGAAAUUACCUCAAGGUAGAGAAGGUCAAGCUGUCGUGUGGAGGAUUAAUAAAAGCAAUGUGAAUGCUGCGCCAGAGAAUCUUUUCAUUCGUAGCAAUGUCGACCGGCAAGACCUUAUAGGUUACAGCCGAACCCGAGUGGUGUUGAGUCAUUGUGUCGAUACAGAGUUCCUAGAAGCCGCCUUUCACGGGACACCGAUGAUAUGUCUGCCAAGGAACACACACGAGUCCCGCAAUACCGCCCGCGCAAUCGAGUUAGGCUUUGCGCGCUCCACGGACACUACAGGCAAUGAUAUCUCGGCCGACGAGAUAGCGAAUAUUGUGCACGAGAUCCACGAGUCGAUCGCUUAUCGCGAGAGCGCGCGAAAGGUUUCCUUGGCAAUGCGCGACAGAUUGACCCCAGCUUCUGACAGGCUCAUUUACUGGCUGGGUUACGUCGCAAGAACCAAAGAUGACAACGAAAAGUUCCAUAUGGCGAUGAGUCAGGCGAGGACUCUCACGGAAGACAUUCAGUUCUUUAUCGGUCUUCUUGUGGGUGUGAUCUUGGGAAUAGUUUGUACGAGCUGCGCAGUGGUUACACGGUAUAUCAUGACAGCUAAUAAGAGGCAAAGAUCAAAGGGACGGUACACGCGUUGAGUGCUCAGAUUGAGAUUGAACUUGGACAGACAUUUCUAUGGACAUUUCUGAAUAUGUAUAUUUAUAUAAAUGCACGUAGAAUACAGGUACGUACGAAUACAAAUGUUUUACGAACUAGGAUUUAUCUCAUAUUUAGCGAAGAGACGUUACUAUCAUUAUUAUUAUUAUUAUUAUUAUGACAUCUGCUCAUAAUUCGACUGAAGAAAACUACGAGUAUAACGACGUGAUGUAUUCAUCAUCAUCAUCGUGAAGAAAAUAAAUUACAGUUUGUCAAUA